AAAUUCUAUUCGACCAAUGACGGUCUUUAUAACCUCCUCCCAAAACUACAUUAGAAGCACUAGGUAUACGUAAGCGUCACUUCAUUGAGCUGGGGAGCACUACCGGCACAGAAAGAAGUCAUUAUUGUUUGUUGUUAACGCUAGCUCGUGAUACAAGGAAAGGUGAAGAAGAGACUGCACGUGUUUAUUGUCUGGUUUCGCACAGCAGCAUCAAGGUUAGCUCUGAAUGGUUCUAUAUUUUAUGCACAAUUCGUAUCAAAAAAGAAUACUGUUCAAAAUGACUGAAGUUCAAGAUGAAACACAACAGAAAAGUACUCCUGUGUACAGAAAUGGCGUGGUUGCUUCGGAGAUGUCUACGGUGGAGGAUGUGUUUGACGAAACGUAUAAGGAAAAAGAAGGUCCAAAACCACCCAAGAAAAUAGUAUGGAGAAAUGUUGUCUUGAUGCUUUUGUUGCAUUCAGGCGCAGUGUACGGAUUUACACUUGUACCUUAUACGGCUGCUUCAACCUUGGCGUGGACUGCUGUAUGCUUUUUGUUUAGUGCAUUGGGAAUAACAGCUGGGGCCCACCGUCUUUGGAGUCACAGGUCCUACAAGGCCAAACUGCCUCUGCGGAUCUUCCUGGCUUUUGCCAAUUCCAUGGCUUUUCAGAAUGACAUCUACGAGUGGGCCCGGGACCACAGGGUUCAUCACAAAUUCUCAGAGACUGAUGCCGACCCCCAUAAUGCUCUCCGUGGGUUUUUCUUCAGUCAUAUUGGCUGGCUUCUAGUGCGCAAGCACCCGGAUGUGAUUGAGAAGGGGAAGACGCUGGAACUUGCAGACCUGAAGGCUGAUAAAGUUGUAAUGUUUCAAAGAAAAUACUACAAGCCCUCUGUUCUGAUCAUGUGCUUCAUGGUCCCCAUGAUGGUGCCCUGGUUCCUGUGGGGAGAGUCUCUGUGGGUUGGUUACUUUAUUCCUGGGCUCCUGAGGUAUGCUCUGGUUCUCAACGCAACUUGGCUGGUGAAUAGCGCCGCCCACAUGUGGGGGAACAGACCGUAUGACGCUACCAUCAACCCAAGAGAGAACAGAUUCGUCGCAUUCAGUGCCAUUGGGGAAGGAUUCCACAACUACCACCACACAUUCCCUUUUGAUUAUGCCACAAGUGAGUUUGGCUGUAAACUGAACCUAACCACUUGCUUCAUUGACCUCAUGUGCUUCGUGGGCCUGGCCAAGGACUGCAAGAAAGUGCCACGCGAAGUCAUCCAGGCUCGUGUACAGCGCACAGGGAUCCAGAGGAGUGGCUGAGGAACCUGAAGACUGCGGGAAACAAACCGGUUACAGUGUUGCUUUUUGGGAGGGUUGCUCUGUUGUGAAAUCGCCAAAAUGUUCACCCCUAGUAAUGAGAAAUCAUUAACGCCUGUUCUGUAAAAUUAAUACCAAGCUUUAAAUUUUUUUUUUUUUUUUUGGUAAUGCAGCAACAGAACCCAUCUGGUUGGGGGAGAGAACACAUUGUCCUCAUGCCUGUAUGAGCAGACUCUGAAGGCAGAGAUUCCCAGUCCAUAAUUGAGAUCAGAUUUGGAAGGAGAUCUCUCUCCUAAAGAGCUAAGGCAAAUUUUAAAUGCAGAACUGGUGAAUGGCUUUUCAGUGAGGGAUGGGCAACAAACAUGUUUGUCAAGCUACAGCUUAGGAAGUCAGACCAAUUUUUAGUCUAGAAUCUGGAAGCUCAUUGGAGAUUCACAAUGAAAUACUGUAAACCUGCAAUAAAAAAAUAAAUGCAUACAGAAAACAUAUGGGUGGAAUCAGUAGCUGUAGCCUGACCUGAUUUUGACCCUUCAAGAUUGGUCACAGCAAAUUGAAAACAAUACCAAUAAACCAGGUUAGUUAUAGUAAUUGUAUUUAAAAAAAAAAAAAAAAAAAAAAAAAAGCUACUGUACUCUUGCACUUCCUAUUAAAAACGUAGUAUUGCACUUAAACUGACAGGCCUAGCCAAAGUUUUAAAAAAAAAACUUGUGCAUGCUAAUGAAUAGGC